AUGACGCGCAAUACAAACGCGCAAACGGGCUCUCGGUCUCUUCCGCCCUCUGAGACCAGACUUCCUUCGGCGAGCCACGAGACCUCGGCGUUGAAAAAGCAGCUGGGCGACUUGGGCUCGUCGCGGCGUCAGGACCGACAUCUUGCCGACAGGGCCGGCAUCCUCACCGACGAGGAGCACAAGCUCGGCGAUCUCAACGUCGUUGCUGCGUACAAGGCACACUUUCGCGAGUCGCCCUUCGAAUUCUUGCAGCAAUUCGUUGCAUACGGUCAGGGGACCGGCUGGCGUGGCUAUUCAAACUACAUCGGCGCACCCAUCCUCUACAAUGGAUGCUCCGAGGAGAGCAUCCGCGCCGUGCUCAACAGCGAACAGGUGCAAGAUCGCAUUCGCAAGCUCGCAUCGAGUCGCGUCGAUCGCCUCCUGCCAGACCAGUCACCCGCAUCUCCCACUGGUCCCAAUAAAACGCAGAAGAAUCUCGCCAUCUUCAAGGAGCGAAAGCGCCGCCAGAUCGAACAGCAGUUGCGCGAAGAGGCGCUCGCCAUCCUCCAGGUCAGCGUGGCGCGCAUCGACUCGCUCUCUUUCCUCAAGUUCUUCGCUGCCACCGUCAACAACAUUCUCGCCAGAAUGUACCACCAAGGCAUCCACAUCAGCGUUCCGCAGGUGCUCGAACUCCGCCGGGUCGCCGCGUAUGCCGCAGAACGCAAGCAGAGCAUCCUCUUCCUUCCUUGCCACAAGUCGCACAUCGACUACCUCACCGUUUCAUGGCUCAUGUUCCGUCUCGGCAUCGCCCUUCCGCACAUCAUCGCUGGCGAGAAUCUCGACCUGCCCGUGCUCGGUGACGUCCUUCGCAAGGGAGGCGCCUUCUUCAUUCGUCGCACCUUUUCCGGCGACCAGCUGUAUCCUGCUGUCAUCAAAGAGUACGUCGAAACGCUUCUCGCCAGCGGCAAGAAUCUCGAGUGCUUCAUCGAGGGGACCCGCUCCCGAACGGGCAAGCUGCUGCCUCCCAAGCUCGGCAUUCUCAAGUACGUCGUCGAGGGUCUGCUCAACGGACGAACCGACGAUGUGUGGAUCUGUCCCGUCAGCCUCCAAUACGACUCGGUCAUCGAGUCCGAGACAUACGUAUCGGAGCUGCUUGGCAAGCCAAAGGAGGCCGAGUCUCUUCUCGGUCUGCUCUCGGGCAGCUCGUCGCUGCUGCAACUCAAGAUGGGCCGCAUCGACAUCCGCUUCGAUACACCCUGGUCCCUGCAAGGCUUCAUCAAGGAGCAGAAGGAUCGCCGAGCCGCGCCUGGCUACAAGGACGAAAAGGUGGAGCUGGACCCGGCCAACAACGAGAGGCACAAGAUGCUUUUACUCAAGGCGCUCGGCUACCGCGUUCUCGCCGACAUUAACAAGGUCUCGGUGAUCAUGCCGGCUGCUCUGAUCGGCACGGUCGUGCUCAUCCUGCGAGGACGCGGCGUGUCGCGAAGUGAGCUCAUCCGCAGGGUCGAGUGGCUCCGAGCAGCCAUCGUCAAGAAGGGCUUCACCGUGGCCGACUUUGGUGCGAUGAACACGGGCGAGGUGGUGGACCGCGCGCUCAGCACCGUCAUGAAGGGUCUGAUCGCCGAGGAGAGGGAUGUGAUGGAGCCGACGUUUGUGCCGGUCAAGCGCUUCGAGCUCAGCUUCUACCGCAAUCAGGUCAUUCACAUCUUUGUGUCCGAGUCGCUCGCAGCUGCGGCGCUCUACACGAAGGUCAAGCAGGGCGGCACCGCACCGAUGCAGAGGAUGACGCGACAGGACAUGCUGAACGAGUGUCUCUUCAUCUCCUCGGUGCUGCGCAACGAGUUUGUGUUCGGGGUUGACUCGCUCGAGAUCAACGUCGACCGCACCGUCGAUGGCAUGGUCGCCGACGGAAUUCUGGACAAGCACCCGGACAUCAAGCGCGACGAGGGCGGCUCGAUCGAGCUCAGCCUCAAGGAGCGCGAGAAUGGCCGAGAGAACUUUGACUCCUUCCUCUUCCUCAUUUGGCCGUUCAUUGAAGGAUACUGGCUGGCGGCCGUGUCGCUGCUCUCGCUGAUCCCGCAGGGCGCCGAGGAGAAAGGCUACCCGGAGAGCAAGCUGCCCUGGUUUGCAGCCAAGGAUUUCGAAAAGCACACGCAGCUACUCGGCAAGACGCUCUACGCGCAAGGCGAGCUGUCGUACCUCGAGUCCAUCAAUGCGGCCACACUAUCGCAGGCUUUCACUAGGAUGGAGGAGAUGGGUAUGAUUCUGCGCAAGAAAUCGUCGCAUCAGAAGCCCGUGCCGAUCAUGUCUCUGCACCCAAGCUUCUGGCCCUCGCAGACGUCCAAGCUGACCGACUACAUCGACCACCUCUCCCAGUUCCGACGCGAGGGCAAGGACCGACGAGAGCAGAAUGUCGGCGCCAAGGUGCGCAAGUACACGUCUCUGUACAUGCCCUCGGUCGUGGAAGAGUCGGCCAUCAAGCAGCGACAGGCGCAGAUUUUUGGCUCGGCAUCCAAACCGGCGCUCGGACGCUGCUGUUCCGAAGUUGGAAGCGCUGCUGUCUUUGGUUGGAUGCUUUGGCCACCUUUGGCCCCCUCUGCCCCAAGUCGGAUUCUGAUUUGCUCGUCCGCCACAUCUUCUCCGCACGACAUCCUCACCCAACGCAGCUUAUCCGGCGGCAUCCCCUGGCCCCUCUUCUUGCUUCCCUCCCGGCUCACACACGCGUAUUCUCCGCCCCUCGUCACUCACUGCUUCUGGACUAUCGAGGCAGGUUCUGCUCGAUCCGUCCUUUCCAUCAUCAAGCUGUCGGCGCACGCAUUCAUCAAGCUCGUCACCGCCGCCUCUGUUCGGUUCGGACAGACCAACACUGCUUCCCGCUCGGUAGCCACCAUGGCCUCUUCAUCUACCUCCGCCCCGGCCGCUUCGGCUGACAAGGCCGCCAAGGACGACGACAUCGCCGCCGCUCGCCGCUUCCUCGAGUACGUUGACGCCAGCCCCACUCCCUUCCACGCUGUCGCCACCACCUCGGCCCUCCUCGACGCCGCCGGCUUCGUCCGAGUCAAGGAGAACGAGCUGUGGGACAACAAGGUCAAGCAGGGCGGCAAGUACUACUUCACCCGCAACCAGUCCGCCAUCGUUGCAUUCGCCGUCGGUGCAAAGUACCAGCCUGGCAACGGAGUCCACGUCGUUGGCGCCCACACCGACUCUCCCAACUUCCAGAUCAAGCCCGUCUCCCGAAAGGCCAAGGAAGGCUACCUUCAGUGCGGCGUAGAGACCUACGGCGGCGGCAUCUGGGCCUCGUGGUUCGACCGCGACCUCGGCGUCGCCGGCAGGGUUAUCGUUUCGGACUCCAAGAACCACGACGCCUUCACCGGCAAGCUCGUCCACAUCAAGCGCCCCAUCCUCCGCAUCCCCACCCUCGCCAUACACCUCAACCGCACCGUCAACGAGGCCUUCAAGUUCAACGUCGAGGACAACACCGUCCCCAUCCUCGGCCUCGCCACCGAGCAGCUCAACAAGCGCGCCGACGAGGCCGCCGAGGCUGCCAAGGUCACCCCGCAGGCAGUCGGCUCGCCCGUCAUGGCCGAAAAGCACCACUCGAUCCUGCUCGACCUCCUCGCAUCCGAACUCGGCAUCUCGGUCGAGCAGAUCCAGGACUUUGAGCUCAGCCUCUACGACACCCAGCCAGCCUCGAUCGGCGGCAUCAACAACGAAUUCAUUCACUCGCCCCGCCUCGACAACCAGAUGUCGUGCUUCUGUGCCACCGAAGCGCUCAUCGAGUCGCUUUCCUCCGCCGCGUCGCUCAACGCAUCCUCCUCCAUCCGCGCCAUCGCUCUCUUCGACAACGAGGAGGUCGGCUCCGUCUCCACCCACGGCGCCGAAUCCAACAUGCUCCCCAGUCUCAUUCAGCGCCUCGUCGCCCUGCCCAUCGCGUCUUCCGCCUCCUCGGCUCCCGCAGCCUCGAAUCUGUACGAGCAGGCCAUCGCACGAUCCUUCCUUCUCUCCUCGGACAUGGCGCACGGCUUCCACCCCAACUACCCCUCCUUCUACGAGGAGAACCACCGCCCCAAGAUCAACGGCGGACCCGUCAUUAAGACCAACGUCAAGCAGCGAUAUGCCACCACCGGUCCCACCGCUUUCCUCAUCCGACGCAUCGCCCAGCGCGCACAGGUGCCUCUGCAGUCGUUUGUCGUCAAGAACGACAUGCCCUGCGGCUCCACCAUCGGUCCCAUGCUCAGCAAGCUCGGCAUCCGCACCCUCGACCUCGGCAACCCACAGCUCUCGAUGCACUCGAUCCGCGAGACGUGCGGCACCAAAGACGUUGCCUACAAGAUCGAGCUCUUCAAGCACUUUUUCGACUCGUUCGAACAGGUUGAUGCUCAGCUCACCAUCGACUGA